ACUCGUCUCCGUUUCCGCUUCCGUUCAAUCCUCCAAUCGGCCAUAUUCCGCCGAUCUGUCUCAGCCCAGCCGCCGCUCCGUUGCCGUGAACCCACCACAGUCUCGUUUCACAGGGGAUGGUCUUCCAUCUAUAACGAAACAACUGAACAGAGCAAAUCGGGGGCAAGACAGGUGAUUUUAUACAGAAACGCUGACAGAAAACGGGCCGAGAUGACGACGCGAUCGGAGAGGGAAAAGGCUCAGAAACUGAACGAGCAGCAUCAGGCCAUUCUGUCCAAAAUGCUGAGAGAGGAUGAUAACAAAUACUGCGCCGACUGCGAAGCCAAAGGACCUCGAUGGGCCUCUUGGAAUCUUGGUGUGUUUGUUUGUAUCCGCUGUGCUGGAAUACACCGGAAUCUGGGAGUGCAUAUAUCACGUGUCAAAUCAGUCAACCUGGAUCAAUGGACCCCCGAGCAGAUACAAAGUGUGCAGAACAUGGGCAACACCAAAGCAAGACAUCUGUAUGAAGCUCAUCUCCCAGAAAACUUCAGACGGCCGCAAACUGACCAAGCUGUGGAGUUCUUCAUCAGGGACAAGUACGAGAGGAAGAAGUACUACGAUAAAAACAAUGUCAAUGGAACCGUUAAGUCCUCUGAUGCUGCUUUGCCUUCAGUAUCAUCUCCAUCUUCGCAAGCAGCUGAGAAAAGCAAACUGGAGAAGGAGAGAGAGAAGAAAAAGGAGGAGAAGAAGAGGGAAAGGGAUACAGAUAAAGGGAACAAGCCAGCAGGUUUUGAGAAGAAAAGAGAAGACAACCAGACAGAUUCCAGAAUCAGCCCUAAGAAGAGUGCAGAGCCCGCCAUCGACCUGUUAGGCCUUGAUGCACCCACAGCCAGCUCUGCCAGCAGUGGGGCGGGAACAAGCAGUGCAGCUCCUAUCAGUGAUGACUUAGACAUCUUUGGACCUAUGGUAUCCAACCCUUUGCCCUCAAACACCAACACAAACCAGGUCAGUUCCAGUAAGGCAGCUGGGAGCGCUCAGGCCAACCCCGCCGGAGGGGCUGUGGCAGGUGCUACCGGAACAGGAAGUGCUGCUCCAGCACAGGGAGAUCUGGACCUGUUCAGCGAAACCAGCGGGAGCAACAAAGCAGAGGACUCAGCCAAGAAACCUCUCUCCAAGGACUCCAUUCUCUCCUUGUAUGGCUCCGGCACCGUCCCACAACAGCCUGCACAAGCGACUGCGAUGUUCAUGGGCCCCUCUCAGAUGCAGUUCCCUGCGCAACCACAGGGAACUUCCAGGCCUUCCCUGGGAUGGGAGGAGCCAUGCCGCCCACUACUAUGAUGGGGGCUGUCAUGGGGCAGGGCGGCGCUAUGAUGGGCCAGAAUGCGGGCAUGAUGGUUGGCAUGACAGUGCCUAAUGGUUUCAUGGGAAACGCACACCCUGGAGUGAUGGGCUUGGCUCCGGGCAUGAUGGGACCUCAGGGCAUG